AUGUUUAAUGAAAUUUUCGAUGUCACUAAAGGCCUUUCUGUGUUCAAUGUUUACCAGAGUAUGUGUGAUGAGGACAGAAGUAGUCAAUGCAGUGAACAUUGGAAGAAUUUUACCCAUGAGUCACAUCCUAACUUCCAGGCCAAGAGUCAUCUUGCAGACAGCCAUUAUGAAGGUAGAAAAGACUUUGACCAAAUGUCAAAUCACAAUAGUCAUCAGGUGUUUCCUGUUCUGGAGAAGUCAAAUAAUCAAAGUAAAAAUAUCCAAUGCUUAAAGCAAUCUUCAAAUAGCAUUGAAAAAACAAAUAUUGCAGUCAGGGAGAAAGUUUAUAAAUAUUUGACACACUGGAAAUUCUUCAAUCAAAUAUCAAAUACAAAUAUACUUACCAAAAGAUGUACCAGUAUAGGACAUAAAUGUGAAGACUGUGGUAAAACAGGUCACUCGUUUUUAGGUGGAACUGUACAUGAAAUAAUUUAUCCUGGACAGAAGCCUGAAAUUUGUAAAGAAUUUGGCAAUUCAUUUUGCAUUUCCUCAACUCUUACUCAUCAUCACAGAUUCCAUGCUGGACACAAGCCUUAUAACUGUGAAAAAUAUGCUAAAGCUUUUGACCACUCCUCAAAUGUUAAUGGUAUUCAGAAAAUUAAUAUAGGAGAUGAAAAUUUGAUAUGUAGUGAAUGUGGCAAUGACUUUAGAGAGUCUUUUAAUCUUCCUCAGCAUCAGAGAAUUCAUACUGGUGAAAACUCUCCUAUGUGUAGAGAAUGUGAGAAAGCAUUUAUGAUGACCUCAAACCUCAGACAAGUUCAGAAAAUUCAUACUGGAGAGAAGCCUUAUGAAUGCAGAAAAUGUGGCAAAGCUUUUAGGAUGCCCUCAAAACUUACAGAACACUGGAGAAUUCAUGCUGCAAGGAAGCCCCAUAAGUGUACUCAAUGUGGGAAAGCAAUUAAACAUUCCUCAAUUCUUACUGAACAUCAGAAAAAUCAUACUGGAGAGAAGCCUUAUGAAUGUCCUCAAUGUGGCAAAGGCUUUAGGAACAGGUACAAACUUACUCGACAUCAAAGAAUUCAUACUGGAGAGAAACCUUAUGUAUGUACACAGUGUGGAAAAGCCUUUAGGCGGCAGUCAACCCUUAAUGAACAUCAGAAAAUUCAUACUGGAGAGAAGCCUUUUGAAUGUACUCAAUGUGGCAAAGCCUUCAGGCAGCAGUCAACCCUUAAUGAACAUCAGAACAUUCAUACUGGAGAGAAGCCUUUUGAAUGUACUCAAUGUGGCAAAGCCUUCAGGCAGCAGUCAACCCUUACUGAACAUCAGAAAAUUCAUACUGGAGAGAAGCCUUAUGAAUGUCCUCAAUGUGGCAAAGCCUUUAGCCGGCAUUCAAUGCUUUCUCAACAUCAGAAAAUUCAUACUGGAGAGAAGCCUUAUGAAUGUACUCAAUGUGGCAAAGCCUUCAGGCGGCAGUCAACCCUUACUCAACAUCAGAAAAUUCAUACUGGAGAGAAGCCUUAUGAAUGUCCUCAAUGUGGCAAAGCCUUUAGGUACAUGUCCACACUUACUCAACAUCAGAAAAUUCAUACUGGAGAGAAACCUUAUGAAUGUACUCAAUGUGGCAAAGCCUUUAGGCAGCAGUCAACACUUACUAAACAUCAGAAAAUUCAUACUGGAGAGAAGCCUUAUGAAUGUACACAAUGUGGCAAACCCUUUAGGCAGAACUGGCACCUCACUCGACAUUUGAAAAUUCACACUGGAGAGAAGCCUGGUAAAUAUAUGCCAUGUGGCAACUUUAGCUGGACCUCAACCUUUACUCGGCAUCAGAAAAUUCAUUCUGUUGAGAAUCCUUAUGUAUGUGAAGUAUGUGGUAAAGCCUUUCACCUGUAA